CUCCGUCAGCUCCACACGCCCGAGUCCCAGGGUCAGGAUGAGCAGUCCCUGUCUGUGUCGCGCUCCGAUCUGCCAGACCCGUCUGCACGAGGUCAAGCUCAGCUUGAAGACUGGCAGGGAGGGGCCAAGCCGGGCGAGCGGCAGCACCAAGGAGCCCGCAAGCCGGACAAGCGUGGCCAGCCGCAGCCGGAGCACACCCCCGAUCCACAGGGCCCAACGGCGUGGUGUACGCCCCAAGGCGGAACCCGAGCACCAGCCCGAGAAGAAUGGCACCCUCCUGGGAAUCCCGGCCCCUGUGGCACCGGGUCUCUCCCCCCUUUCCUCCUCCUCCUCUUCAUCUUCCUCCUAUGCCCCGGGACGCCGCAGCCCGCAACUGCCGCCGCUGCCACCCUCAACCCGCAACAUGAGGCGCGCUCGCUGGCUAAGCUACAGCACCUCCAACAUCUCCCUCCCCUCUGUACUGGACGGCCGCUUCAGGCAGCUUCAAGACGAACGGGAGGCAGUUCAGAAGAAGACCUUCACGAAAUGGGUCAAUUCAAUCUUGUCCCGGGUGAACUGCCGGAUCUCAGAUUUGUACCUUGACCUAAGGGAUGGUCGUAUGCUUAUAAAGCUGUUGGAGGUUCUUUCUGGGGAGCAUCUGCCCAGGCCAACCAAAGGACGUAUGCGGAUUCACUGCCUAGAGAAUGUGGACAAGGCACUGCAGUUUCUGAAGGAGCAGAGGGUCCACCUGGAAAACAUGGGUUCCCAUGACAUUGUUGAUGGCAACCACCGGCUUAUCUUGGGUCUCAUCUGGACCAUCAUUUUGCGGUUCCAGAUUCAGGACAUUGUAGUAGAAACUGGACAAGCAGACCAGAAAGAAACACGAUCAGCCAAAGACGCUUUGCUCUUGUGGUGCCAGAUGAAAACAGCAGGAUAUCCAAAUGUCAAUAUUACAAACUUCACUACAAGCUGGAAAGAUGGCCUGGCAUUUAAUGCUCUUAUCCACAAACACAGGCCAGACCUUCUGGAUUUCUCUAAGCUUCAGAGGUCCAACCCCACUUAUAACCUUCAACAGGCCUUUAAUGUGGCAGAGCAGAAACUGGGUGUGACUAAGUUGCUUGAUCCAGAAGAUGUUUUCACGGAGAACCCCGAUGAGAAAUCCAUAAUCACUUACGUUGUGGCCUUCUACCAUUAUUUCUCCAAAAUGAAAGCUCUGGCAGUGGAGGGGAAAAGGAUAGGGAAGGUGUUGGACAAUGCUAUUGAGACUGAAAAGAUGAUUCACAAGUAUGAGAGCCUGGCAUCUGAUCUUCUGACUUGGAUUGAGCAGACCAUCAUUGGUCUGAAUGACCGCAAGCUAGCCAAUUCUUUGACUGGGGUGCAGCAGCAGCUGCAGGGCUUUAACACAUAUCGCACAGUGGACAAACCCCCCAAAUUUCAGGAGAAAGGCAACUUGGAGGUGCUCCUGUUCACCAUCCAGAGCCGCAUGAGAGCUAACAACCAGAGGGUGUACACACCAAGGGAAGGUGCAUUGGUUGCUGACAUUAACAGGGCAUGGGAACGUUUGGAACGGGCUGAGAAUGAAAGGGAACGGGUCUUGAGAGAUGAGCUGAUCCGACAAGAAAAGCUUGAACAGAUGGCAAGACGCUUCGACAAGAAAGCAGCCAUGAGGGAAACAUGGCUUCUGGAGAACCAGAGGUUGGUGGCACAGGACAACUUUGGAUAUGACCUGCCGGCAGUGGAGGCUGCAAAGAAGAAGCAUGAUGCGAUUGAGACCGACAUUGCGGCAUAUAAAGAGCGUGUGCAAGCACUGGUGGCCAUGUCCCAGGACCUGGAGUCAGAGAACUACCAUGAUGCCAAGCGCAUUAAUGCACGCAAAGACAAUAUCCUGCGCCUUUGGCACUACUUGCUGGAGCUGCUGGAUGCUCGACAAGGACGCCUAGAUAAGAAUCUUACUCUGCAGAAGAUAUUUCAGGAGAUGCUCCACAUCAUCAGUUGGAUGGAUGAGGUCAAGGCUCGGCUCCUUUCACCAGAUUUUGGGAAACACCUUCUUGAAGUGGAAGAUCUGCUACAGAAGCAUGCCUUACUGGAAGCCGACAUUGCCAUGCAGGCAGAGAGAGUACACUCUUCCAAUGCAGCAGCACUCAAGUUUGCCAAUGGGGACACCUACAAGCCAUGUGACCCACAGGUAAUCAGAGACCGAGUGCAGCACCUGGACCUGUGCUAUCAAGAGAUAUGUGCUCUUGCGGCUCAGCGCAAGGACCGAUUACAUCAGUCCAGACGUCUAUGGAACUUCUUUUGGGAAAUGGCAGAGCUUGAGAGUUGGAUCAAGGAAAAGGAGCAUAUCUUCUCUUCACUGGACUAUGGCAAGGACCUUACAAGUGUGCUGGUGCUUCAGAGUAAACAUAGUGCCUUUGAGGAUGAAUUGGGGGCCAGGCGUACACACCUGCAACAGGUUAUGGAUGAGGGAGAGAAAAUGAUACAAGCUAAGCACUUUGGGACGCCACAAAUCCAGCAACGUAUGGGUGAUGUGAACACACAAUGGCAGCAGCUUGAAGAGCUUGCCGCUUUCCGGAAACAAAACCUGCAGGACACUCAGAGGUUCUUCCAGCUUCAGGGUGAUGCAGAUGACUUCAAGGCAUGGCUGCUGGAUGCUCGAAGGCAACUGAUAAGUGAUGAUCUUGGACAUGAUGAAUAUACCACCCAGCGUCUUGUCAGGAAACACCGGAACUUACAGGAUGAGAUGGCAAAGAAUGCUGCCACUAUUGAUGCAUUGACCAAACAGGCUAACAGUCUGCCAGAGGAACUACGUAACACACCAGACAUACAGAGGCGGCUCAAGGAUAUACGGGACCUGUACAUGGAGCUUAUUUCACUUUCCGACCUACGCAAGAAGAAGUUGGAUGACACCAUGGCUCUGUAUACCAUCUUUAGUGAGACAGAUGCCUGUGAGCUCUGGAUGAACCAGAAGGAGACAUGGUUGGUUGGGUUGGAGACACCUGAGAAGCUAGAGGAUCUGGAGGUUGUGCAGAACAGAUUAGGUAUCCUUGCCCAAGAAAUGGGCAAUGUUCAGUUGCGGGUGGAUGAUGUAAACAAGGCAGCAAAACAACUUGAAGACAGCAGACACCCAAGCAUGAAAGAAGUGAAAGAAUGCCAGGCACGUCUCAACAACAGAUGGAAUGCAUUCAGAGCAAUGGUAGAGGAGAAGAAGCACAAAGUGGAUUCUGCUGUCAGUCUUCACAACUAUAGACUGGAAUGUGAUGAGACAGAAGCCUGGAUCAAAGACAAGACUCGUGUAAUUGAGUCUACGCAGGACCUAGGUAAUGAUCUUGCUGCGGUUAUGACCAUCCAGAGGAAGCUGUUUGGCAUAGAGAGAGACCUAGCAGCCAUUGAGGACAAGCUAGGCUUCCUGAAGGGUGAGGCCAUCCAGCUAGCCAAAGACCACCCUGAGAAUGAAACUGACAUUUUGGGCAGGCUGCAGACACUGGAUCAAGCUUGGGAUGAGUUGAAGAAAACACUGAAGGAUCGAGAGGACUCCUUGGGAGAAAUUAGUAAAUUACAGACCUUCCUGCAGAAUCUUGAUGACUUCCAGUCUUGGCUUUACAAGACACAGAAGUCUGUAGCAUCAGAAGAGAUGCCUGCCACAUUGCCUGAGGCAGAGCAGCUGCUGGACUUGCAUGAUGCCAUACAUGAUGACAUAGACAACCACAAGGAGGAUUAUCAUCAGGUGAAAGACACAGGGGAAAUUGUGACACAGGAAGAGACUGAUCCACAGUACCAGCAACUGGAACAGAGGCUGAAGGGCUUGGAAACAGGCUGGGAUGAACUACAUAAGAUGUGGUACCGCCGCAAGAACUUCCUGGAGCAAGGCCUGGGUUUCCAGCAGUUCAUGAGAGAUGCAAAGCAGGUUGAGGCCAUCCUUAACAACCAGGAGUAUACCCUGACACACACAGAGCGCCCAGACACCCUGGAUGGGGCAGAGCAGGCUCUGCGAAAGCAUGAAGACUUUGUCAGCACGAUGGAUGCCAAUGAAGAGAAGAUCUUGAACACGCUGAAAAGUGGGCAGAGUUUGGUUAAUGAUGGGAACCUCUAUUCUGAGAAGGUUAAAGACAAGAUGGGAUCUAUUGAGGACAGGUACAACACCAACAGGAGGAAAGCAAAGGAGGUGUAUGGGAAACUAAAGGACAACCGUGAUCUCCAGCAUUUCCUACAAAACACUCAGGAUCUCACACUGUGGAUAAAUGAGAAGAUGCUGACUGCUCAGGACACGUCAUAUGACGAGGCGCGGAACCUCCACACCAAGUGGCAGAAGCACCAGGCCUUCAUGGCUGAACUAGCCUCCAACAAGGACUGGUUAAACAAGAUUGACCAGGAGGGUCUUGACCUCAUGCAGGCUAAGCCGGAGUUUGAGCCUGUCGUGAAGGAACGUCUGUCACAACUGCAUGACCUGUGGGACAAGCUGGAAUCUACCACGCAGGACAAGGCUCGCCUCCUAUUUGAUGCUAACCGCUCUGAGCUUUUGGAUCAGAGCCUAGCUGAUCUCAAGAAGUGGCUGGCAGAGCUGCAGCAGCAGCUGCAUGUUGAUGAGGAGGUCAAGGAUCUGACCAGUGCCAAUAUCUUCCUGAAGAAGCAGCAGAUGACAGAGAACAAGGUGAGGGACCGAGCACGAGAGCUGGAAGAGUUGCAGAAUGCAGUGCUGAGCCAGGACUGUCCAGAGAAGGAAGAGGAGCAGCAAGCCCUGCAACGGGAGUUCCAGCAACUGCUCACCCCUCUUGCAGAGAGACGGGGCAAGCUGGAGGCUGCCAAGGCUGUGCACCAGUUCUACAGGGACUUGGCUGAUGAGAUUCUCUGGGUGGAGGAGAGGUUGCCCCUGGCAAUGUCAGAGGACCAUGGUAACAAUCUUCAGGCAGUUCAGCUGCUUCUGAAGAAGAACCAGACAUUGCAGAAGGAAAUUGAAUGUCACCAGCCACGGAUCGAUGAGGUCAUGGAACGUGGUUCCCGCAUGGUGGCGGCGGAGAGCCCUGAGUCAGAGCACAUCAAGGGGCAGAUGAAUGAGCUGAAGGAUGCAUGGGCACGACUGCAGGAGGAGAUUGCCAAGCGACGGGAGAGACUGGCCAUCUCCAACCUGGCACAGCAGUACUAUAACGAUGCAGACGAGGCUGAGGCCUGGAUUGGAGAGCAGGAACUCUACAUGAUUGCUGACGAGAAGGCUAAAGAUGAGCCAAGCGCCAUGGUGAUGCUGAAGAGACAUUUGAUCCUGAAGCAGGAUGUAGAUGACUAUGCAGACUCCAUCCAAAAGCUGGCUGACCGUGCUCAGAAGAUGCUAGCUGAGGACCAUCCUGAUGGGGAGGCGAUCAUUCGACGUCAAGGUCAGGUGGACAAACAGUAUGCUGGCCUUAAGGACCUGGCUGAAGAGCGGAGGAAGAAGUUGGACCACACCUAUCACCACUUCCAGCUCAGCCGUGAAGUGGAGGACCUUGAGCAGUGGAUUGCUGAGCGUGAUGUGUUGGCUUCCUCAGAGGAGAUGGGCCAGGAUUUAGAUCAUGUGACGCUUUUACGGGAUAAGUUCCGAGAGUUUGCCCGAGAGACGGGGACUGUUGGUCAGGAGCGUGUAGAUGCAGUCAAUCAGACCAUUGAUGAGUUGAUUGAGGCAGGCCACAGUGAAGCAGCUACGAUGGCAGAGUGGAAAGACGGUAUAAAUGAAAGCUGGGCUGACCUGCUGGAGCUCAUUGACACCCGCACACAGCUCCUCACCGCAUCCUAUGACCUGCUCAAGUACUUCUAUGACGGGAAGGAGCUUGUGGCCCAAAUCCAAGAGAAGCAAACUCAGCUCCCUGAUGAUGUGGGUGAGGAUUUCAGCAAGGCUGAGUCCUUCCACCGCAUGCAUGCUGCCUUUGAGAGGGACAUCAGCACACUGGGCAAACAGGUCCAGCAGUUCCAGGAGACAGCUACCCGGCUGCACGCUCAAUAUGCAGGAGAUCAGGCUACAGCCAUCCAGGCCAUGGAACGUGAGGUAGUGGAGGCAUGGAAGAACCUUCUAGAUGCCUGUGCCGGUCGGCGAGCCCACCUGGUUGACACUGCUGAAAAGUUCCGCUUCUUCACUAUGGUGAGGGACCUUCUGGCCUGGAUGGAGAGCAUCAUCCAGCAGAUUGAGACCCAGGAAAAACCAAGGGAUGUGUCUUCAGUGGAGCUGUUGAUGAAGUACCACCAGGGUAUCCGCUCAGAGAUAGAUGCUAGGGACCCCAAGUUCACUGCCUGUGUAAAACUGGGGCAAGCCCUCCUGGCACGCGAACAUCGUGACUCUGCUGAGAUCAAAGAUAAACUAUUCCAGCUGAUGGAAAAGAAGCAAGAGAUGACAAUAAAAUGGAAUGACAGAUGGGAGUGGCUCCAACUCUUGUUAGAAGUGUGCCAGUUUGCACGCGAUGCCUCGGUGGCUGAGGCCUGGCUAAUUGCACAGGAGCCAUACGUGGUAAGCAAGGAUCUCGGCCAGACGGUGGAUGAUGUGGAGAAGCUCCUGAAGAGACACGAGGCCUUUGAGAAGUCCUCAGCCUCCUGGGAGGAACGUUUUGCUGCUCUAGAACGCCUCACCACGCUGGAGCUGCUGCAGCUCCGCAAGCAGCAGCAGGACAUGCGGCAGUUGAGACAAGAGGAAGAUGACAGCAGGAAAGAAGAUACAGGGUUUGCAGAGGAGUCCUCUCAGCUUGACACGGUGGAGGAGCCAUCCCUGUCGGCAAUCAUAGAGCCCAGUUCCGGCCAAGUAGAUGGGACCGCAGGAGAUUCUACAGCACCAGUGGUUUCAGAAGCACAUGGUGUUGGCACCGAGGAAGUGGAGCCUUCGGUUUCAGGGGAGCCUCAGCCAAGCAGGGAGACGGAUCGAGCGGCAACUCUCCCCACGGAGCCGCCGCGGGGCCAGACAGUCCUGCUGGAGGGAACCCUGGGCCGCAAACACGAGCUUGAGGCAGCUGGCAAGAGGGCUUCCAACAGGUCCUGGAAUAAUUUGUACUGCGUGCUGAAACCUGGUCAGCUGGCCACCUACAAAGAUGCCAAAAGCUUUGGCUUCGGCGUUACCUACCAUGGAGAAGACCCCCUGUCGCUUAGCAACGCUACCUGUGAAGUGCUUACCAGCUACAAAAAGAAGAAGCUUGUAUUCAAACUGCGUCUGGGAGAUGGCAGUGAGUACCUGUUCCAGUGUAAAGAUGAGGAGGAGCUCCAGGGCUGGACUCAGGCGAUAGAGGGGGCGGCUGGGCAGCCCCCAGAGGAAGCGGCCUCGGGUUCCCCUGGGCUACGGGCUCGUAGCCUACCCCCGCCCUCCUCGUCCACCCUGCCAGAGGCCAGUGCUGCCAAGAAAGACAAGGAGAAGAGAUUCAGCCUGUUCACCAAGAAAAAGUGACGAGAACAUGGCGAGGUGUUGGUCAGGACACCUGUUGGAGGUCUCUGCAUACCUGGGCAAUGCAAGUCGAAAGGUGCUACUCUGCACAGUCAGGUUCUGCUUUUUACCCACUCCCGCUCAACUUUUUACCAUGGUAGCAAGGUCAGAGAUUUAAGCCCAGAGAAUGACAUUUGUAGGGAAUGAAAUCACACUCCUCUGCCUGUAAUGAUGUGUACCUGCAAUGCUGAGGUCCAGCCUUUUGGAACACCCACCCCCCGUUUUUUUUUUUGUUUUUUUUUUUACACGUACUAUUUUCACUUUGUAAUCAAUCAAUCACAGGAAUGCCCUUUACACACUCAACCAAAGAAAGUUUAUAAAAUUGUUUUUCCUCAUUAGUUUUGCUUUGGCAUGAUUAAACAUGUUUAGUACAUGUAUUACAAACAUGACUUUCGUUCAUUUUGUUAAUUUGCAUUAUUCAUACAAAGAAAUGGUUGUGAAUUGUAAUACUGUGCAUCAGAGGAUUUUAAUUUGUUCUGUUCUGCUAUGUGGACAAGAUUAUGUUUUGUAUAUGCUGUAUUUCAUGGCAGGAAAGUAGCAGUUCUGCUUGAAGAGAGUUGGACCCAAAGCCAUAUAGUACAGUACUGUACCAUGUAGCCGCAUCAAGACGAGCAGGUCAGCAGUACUGUGCAUUAAAGAAGCUAUUCACACUACCGAAAUUGGGAAUCACAUUUGUGUAGACAUGAUGCUGUGUUUAAAUUGCAUUGUAAUGAACUAGAGUGAAUCAUACCAAGAAUUAGGUGUCAACAUACAUCGUUUUUCACAGAUUAAAAUACUGCACAUAUCUGACAUAAACCACCCUAGUGUAACACUCCCAAAAUAACGCAGUGUGCGUAUUUUAAAAUACUGCACUUGUGUAUCCAGUAAGGAGCUUUUAAAAGGUUUCUUAAUAUAUGGUGCUAACUUUGACACGAAGAGAGUGAAACACCUGUUCUCAUAGUAACGUCUUUCUGUGUUGACGGUGUACUUUCCACACCUGCCCAUAGCUGCAUUUCCCUCCUCCCACCAAAAUCAAAAAUCAGGAAAAACUCCUUCGAUAGACUCUGUGUGUGUGUGUGUGUCAUUUUCACUGUUAGCUUUCAGAAGCUGUGAAAAAGUUGGUAAUGUGAAGAACUAGAAGGAAAAGUGAAGAGGUAAACUAAAAAAUCAUUUUAUGUCCAGUAUUUAUUUUCCAAAUGGUGUUUUUUUUGCCAGUUAAGCUUUCUGUUAUGGGGUGAGGAUAUAGAAAUCACAUCCAAUGUAAAUUUACUUUUAAAUCACAAUCUGAACUAUAUACAAGAAAUAUAUAUAUGGAAAAUGAAUUUAUAUUAAUAGUUUUAUUAUAUUUAUAAUGAUAAUUUAAGCUAGAGAUAAAAACUAAUACUUGUACUUUUUAUUUUUCAGUUGCAUAGGGCAGUUACCCCAGUUACCUUUUUUAGAUCUCUUGAAACACUGGAAUUCACAUCGCUACACAAUGGCUGCCUUACACCAUUGUCACAAACUGCCUGCACCAAAAACAUCCUUAAGCACAUUCUGAUUCAUUUGCAUUGUUUUCUUUCAUCAUAUUUAACUAUAUAGUAUAAAUGUUUAACUAUAUAUUCAGCUCACAUUGUUUGCUUUUUUUUGCCCUUGCAUUAUCCCAUAUGUAGUUUUAUUAGUGUUCUAGAGUUUUAUACUCCAAAGCUGGCUGAAAUUUCCAUAAUUUUG